UUUUCACCAGUGAAGAAGGAAAAAUCAGAAAGUCCUUUGAAACCAAUUGACAAAAGCCAUUUGGUUGAAGAUGAAUGGGCAUUAGAAUACCCAUCUCUCGGCCAAUGAAUGCUCACUUUAGGGAAUCGAAUUUGAAAACCCUACGAAUUCCUAAAUUCAAAACGCAAAACCCAUUUCAAAAGGAAUGUGAAUCAUCAUAUACACUGUACAACUCUUCCUCCAACAUUCUACAUUUACAGUAAUCAAAGGAUUCUCUCACUAGGGUUUUGCAAUCAAAUGGCGACGAAUUCUUGGUCAGGGGAGUUGAGGAAGCCGGUGUUCGUGAAAGUGGAGAGCCUGAAACCGGGAACCAAUGGCCAUACACUGCUUGUCAAAGUGGUCAAUUCCAAUAUGGUGUUGCAGAAAGGCCGCGCAGUUUCUCCCCACACGCACAACAUCCGCGUUGCUGAGUGCGUCGUUGGCGAUGAGACUGGUACUAUACUCUUUACCGCCCGCAAUGACCAAGUUGAUUUAGUGAAGCCUGGUACUAGUGUCAUCCUUCGGAAUGCAAAGAUUGAUAUGUUCAAGGGAACUAUGAGGCUGGCUGUAGACAAAUGGGGUCGUAUUGAGGUCACCGAACCUGCUACAUUUGUGGUUAAGGAAGAUAACAAUCUCUCACUCGUCGAGUAUGAGUUGGUGAAUGUUGUGAAAGAGUGAAAAUAAUCUUUUGGCAACCGGGGAUUCUAUUAGUGUCUCUGCUUAGUUUCCCAUGGCUGCUUAAUUUUGGAUAGGAUGCCUUGAAAUGGUUGUAAGAAAUGUCCUUGAAUCAAAUGUUUGCUGGGUUUUUUUGGGUAUAGUUUUUGGCAAGUAAAACCUCGUAGACUUGUUGAAUAUGGAUGUGUAAAAGGAAAUCGUAUCUAGCGUAUAAUAUAUUACCUUCUGCAGCGAACUGUCUUUAUUUUUAUCUGUGUGC